GAAGUAGCGUGCAAUGUAUGGCUGACACGUUUUGAGAGACCCCUAUUUACCUGUUUCUUAAUAGUGCAGGAAGAUAUUUCAAGUGGAAUAUAUUGCAGAAAAAACUGGUUUUUACACAAGUUUAAACCAUGACGCGAUGGGCAAGAGGUGGACCCGCCAACAAAAAGAAGGAACUGUCAGCUUCUUCAUGGACAGAGAUGAAGACAGGUGAACAGAAACCAAAACCAGCAAACACCAAUUCUGAAAAAGAUCACACACAUUCUAAACUGGAAAAGCAUGGCCAAACACAAAGUAAUCAACACAAAGGGCCUCAGAAAGGGGGUGUGGCCAAACAUAAGAAGAAGUUUGGCAAGAAGGCUUUUAUUAAAGGAAAGUUUAAUGUGGCAAAUAGUCAGGACUAUAAGGCAGCUCGAAGUGAAUACAGACGAGUGAAGAGGAUUAACGAAAGAGAGGCUGCCAGGGUGUGUUUUAACUGUAGACAGUCUGGUCACACUCUGGCGGACUGCCCACAAGUGACCAGAGACACUGACCAGGGCACUGGGAUCUGUUUUAAAUGUGGCUCCACAGAGCACAGCAGCGCCACCUGCAAGGCCAAGGUUGAACCAGGUCACUUCCCCUAUGCCAAGUGUUUUAUAUGUGCUGAAAUGGGUCACAUAUCUAAGCAGUGUCCAGAUAACCCAAGAGGACUGUAUCCAAAAGGUGGCUGCUGUAGGAUGUGUGGAUCUGUGGAACAUUUCAGAAAGGAUUGCCCUGAGUUGCAGAAACAGCAAGGGAUUGCAGACACAACCAUAGACAAGGUCCAUAAAUAUGCCAAUGUGGAGGAUGAACCCACUCUCCAUGAGAGCCCAAAGUUGAAGAAGAAAAAGAAAGGACCAAAAGUUGUGACAUUUUAGCCAUAGAUGUUAUAUGUUUAUGUAACUAACACAAGACAUUAAACUUUGGUGAUUCCAUUCUAAUGACAAUUAAAAAUAUUUAAAAUGCUUAUAGA